CAGUCAACUAUAAAGAUCUUCACGCGUCAAGCCCAAACCGUUUUGACCCACUCUAUCGCUUCUUCGCACAACAUUUGCGGUAGUUUUCUUCCAGGCUGACAUACGGCCCUUUUUAAGUAUUUGGCUUACACGUUCCCUAAUUACCCGCCACAAUGCCUCAUGAGUACGGAUUGACCGCUGCUAUGCAGAAUAAGAUCGCCGCCAAACGCGAUCCGGAAUUCGAGAAAGCUGCCCUGAAGUGGAUCUACGGCUAUCUGGGCGAGCCGGUGCCAGAGGAGCCUCUGGAGGUGGCGCUGCACGACGGACAGGCGUUGCUCAAGUUCAUGAAGAAGGUCAAGCCGGACCUGGUGUCCGGCCCCAUCCACAGCGGCAAGAUUGACGCGCAGCUGCGCGAAAACAUCGGCACCUUCAUUCAGGCCUGCACCAAGUUGGGCGUCCGCGGCACCGACAUCUUCCAGACCAAUGACCUUUGGGACAAGAAGGACAUCCCACAGGUCUGUGUCACGCUCUCCGCCCUUGGCACCGAGCUUCAGCGCAACCAUCCCGAGGUGCCGGCCUUUGGUCCCCCGCCCAAACACUGAACGAGCAGCGUAAUAUCCACCGUUCAACGGGCGGCCGACAAAUCCUGUUAUCAUUUUGGGGCCUUAUCUGUUUAGCUCGACGCAUCAAGAUAUCGUCCUUGCUAGUAUUUUAUGAUCAUGUGCAGUAACUGGUUUUUAUCUUUUUAUGCUCUUUUUUAUGUUGGCAUUGACCGCGUAACUGAACGAAGGAAUUGUCAUGAAAACAACAAGAAUACAAUGCGCGCCUUA